ACGCGCGCCGGCGGCGUCCUCGCCCUCCCAUCCUCAGCAGCGGGCGGGGAGAGGGACUACCGAGACGAACUGCGGGCCAGAGCGGCCCACGCGAAACUGGUGCUUAGCGGCCCUUGCCGGUGCGGGGCGCCGUACAGGAGUCUCAGCCUUGAGCGCCGGGAGUAGCCGCUGUGCUAGCGCCUCGACGGUCCACACCAUUGGCAGCAUCUCCGAAACCGCGUCUGAAACGCUAGCCUGGCACUGCUGUUCCGGCUCGUCCUGCUGCGGAAAGACCCGGCACGCCCCUCUGCAGUGCAGCCUCGGGAGGCUGGACAGACCCCUGCGAGCUUAGAUUGCUGCGAUGGGUCCCAGCUCCCCUGUCUCUGAGUUGCCACGUCUGAUAGCGAAGGCUGCAGUGACAGUUCUUGACUUGAGUCACCUUAACAAUAAAAGUAAAUGUUAAUGUAUCUGCACAUGUCUCAAUCGGCACUCUAUAAACAUUUGGCACGGUACUAGCUACCUUAGUAAGACCUCAUCUUCCCUUGGGAGGGAGAGAGCACUGGCAGUUGCUGGGUAAUUUGAAGACGACUGUGGAGGGUUUGGUGUCAGCCAACUGCCCCAAUGUCUGGUCCAAGUAUGGUGGCCUGGAGCGGCUUUGCAGGGACAUGCAGAACAUCCUGUAUCAUGGGCUCAUCCAUGACCAGGUAUGUUGCCGCCAGGCUGAUUACUGGCAGUUUGUGAAAGACAUUCGAUGGCUCAGCCCACACUCAGCCCUUCAUGUUGAGAAGUUCAUCAGUUUGCAUGAGAGCAGCCAGAGCGACACAGAGAGCGUGAGUGAGCACACUGUCGCGGAGCUGUGGCUGCAGCACAGCCUGCAGUGCCAUUGUCUCUCAGCCCAGCUCCGGCCUUUGCUCGGGGACAGACAGUACAUCAGAAAGUUCUACACAGAAACUGCCUUCCUGCUGAGUGACGCCCACGUCACGGCCAUGUUCCAGUGCCUCGAAGCUGUGGAACAGAACAACCCCCGUCUGCUGGCUCAGAUCGACGCGUCCAUGUUUGCCAGAAAGCAGGAGAGUCCCCUGCUGGUCACAAAGAGCCAGAGUCUGACCGCUCUGCCUGGUUCCACAUACACCCCUCCAACCAGUUAUGCUCAGCAUUCCUACUUCGGAUCCUCCUCCAGCCUUCAGUCCAUGCCACAGUCGAGCCGAAGCUCAGAGAGAAGAUCUACUUCCUUUUCGCUCUCUAGCCCUCCCUGGCAACCUCAAGAAGACAGAGAAUGCCUUUCACCAGCAGAGACUCAAACCACCCAAGCUCCGCUGCCUUCUGACUCCACUCCAGCCCAGGGCUCCCCACAGUCCGCACAGGAGAUGAGCUCCAGCACUCUGACUAGCCCCCUAGAGGCAUCCUGGGUCAGCAGUCAAAAUGACUCCCCAAGUGAUGUCAGUGAGGGGCCCGAGUACCUGGCCAUUGGCAACCCAGACCCUCAUGGCCAGACUGCCAGUUGUCGGAGUCACAGUAGCACUGGUGAGAGCAGCAGCUCGCACUUGUUCUCCUCCGGCAGCUCUCAGAAGCCGGAUUCUGCUGCUUCUUCUCUAGGGGACCAAGAGGCAGGUAGGCAGAGUCAGGCAGGCAGCGGCCUUCGAAGGUCCAGCUUCUCAGAAGGGCAGACAGCCCCUGUCGCCAGCGGGACAAAGAAAAGCCAUAUUCGCUCCCACUCGGACACCAACAUUGCCUCCAGAGGAGCCGCAGAGGGUGGUCAGUACCUCUGCUCCGGAGAAGGCAUGUUUAGAAGACCAUCAGAAGGACAGUCCCUCAUCAGUUACCUCUCCGAGCAAGACUUUGGCAGCUGCGCAGACCUGGAAAAGGAAAACGCCCACUUCAGCAUCUCUGAGUCCUUGAUUGCCGCCAUCGAGCUGAUGAAAUGCAACAUGAUGAGCCAGUGUCUAGAGGAGGAGGAAGCAGAGGAGGAAGAUAGUGACAGAGAGAUCCAGGAGCUGAAGCAGAAGAUCCGCCUUCGGCGCCAGCAGAUCCGCACCAAAAACUUGCUUCCUGCGUACCAGGAGACUGAGCAUGGAAGCUUCCGGGUCACCUCCAGCAGCUCCCAGUUCAGUUCACGUGAUUCUACGCAGCUCUCAGACUCCGGCUCUGCUGACGAUGGUGAGGAAUUUGAAAUCCAAGAUGCUGACAUCCGGAGGGGCACAGUCUCAAACGGCAAGUCAUCCUUCUCCCAGAAUUUCUCACACUGCUUCCUGCACUCCACAUCUGCUGAGGCAGUGGCCAUGGGGCUUCUCAAGCAGUUUGAAGGGAUGCAGCUUCCUGCUGCCUCGGAGCUAGAGUGGCUAGUCCCAGAGCACGAUGCUCCACAGAAGCUCCUACCUAUCCCCGACUCCCUGCCCAUCUCACCAGACGACGGGCAGCAUGCAGACAUCUACAAGCUGCGGAUCCGUGUCCGUGGCAACCUGGAGUGGGCUCCACCCCGGCCUCAGAUCAUUUUUAACGUUCAUCCAGCCCCAACGAGGAAGAUUGCUGUGGCCAAGCAGAAUUACCGCUGUGCAGGAUGUGGCAUCCGGACCGACCCUGAUUAUAUCAAGCGGCUGCGGUACUGUGAGUACCUGGGCAAGUACUUCUGCCAGUGCUGCCACGAGAAUGCCCAGACGGUCGUUCCCAGCCGCAUUCUGCGCAAAUGGGACUUCAGCAAGUACUACGUCAGCAACUUUUCCAAGGACCUGCUCACUAAGAUCUGCAAUGACCCUCUCUUCAAUGUGCAGGACAUUAACAGCGCCCUCUACAGGAAGGUCAAGAUGCUCAACCAAGUCCGGCUGCUGCGGGUUCAGUUGUACCACAUGAAGAACAUGUUUAAGACGUGCCGACUGGCCAAAGAGCUCCUGGACUCCUUUGACGUGGUUCCAGGCCACCUGACAGAGGACCUCCAUCUGUACUCGCUGAACGACCUGACUGCAACCAAGAAGGGCGAACUGGGCCCCAGGCUGGCCGAGCUUACCAGAGCGGGAGCCGCCCAUGUUGAGAGAUGUAUGCUGUGCCAGGCCAAGGGCUUCAUCUGUGAGUUCUGCCAGAAUGAGGAUGACGUCAUCUUUCCUUUUGAGCUACAUAAGUGCCGGACCUGUGAAGAAUGUAAAGCAUGUUACCAUAAAACUUGCUUCAAGUCUGGAAGCUGCCCCCGGUGUGAGCGGCUGCAGGCCCGACGGGAGUUGCUGGCCAAGCAGAGCCUGGAGUCCUACCUGUCUGACUAUGAGGAGGAGCCCACAGAAGCCUUGGCUCUAGAGACCACCGUCCUAGAGACCACCUGAGGACUGCACCUAAGCCCUUCGUCUGAGGGUCUGGCUAGGGUCAGAUAUAGAACUGAGCCCCACCUUCAAGGAAGGUGGGGCCUUCUAAAAAAUAUAUAUUGUCAUUUUUUAUGACUUGUCUGCUGUCCAGGUGUAGGCAACCUUUAUUGGUUGAUGGAUCCAGUCUAUUGUGACAGAUAUCUGUGGGCAUCAGGUAUUUUCAUUGGAACUGACACUUGGAGUGCCUCUUGUGCGGGGAGUGGACCUGGAGGCCCAGUUCUGACACACUCGGCCUAUCCCACUAAGGCCAGAUCUGGUUACAGCUGCUGCUGAAAGAUCAUUCCCACUAUUGACUUAGUUCCUCAGCAUCUGAGCCAGGCCUUUCUCAGCCAACGACCUUCUCCUUUGCUGCUGAAACAGGAGAUGGUCUUUCUUGGUCCUAGUCCUAGAAGAGAAUAAGGCUGUGCCCUGAGGUACGGGGGAGAAAGGGCCCACGACAGGCAUUCUGUCUGACUACUUAGAUAUGGGGGUGGGGGGCAGGGAGGAACAGAACCAGCAUUGUUCUAGAAUCCUCAGCAUCUCGGGGGCAACCAUGGCUUCCCUGUUGCAAGUAUUCCUGGCAUAGGUGGGCACAAGCUGGUUUGUGUACUCUGGUGGGCUUGAAGUAAAGAACAGAUCUGAGUCUUAGGCUAGCCCACAAGCAUUAAGUGCAGCUGCAGCUGGUGCUUAAGAAGUGGUUUUUCAGAUAGAAGAGCCGACAGCCUCCUCUGGGGUGGUCAGUCUCUCAGCCGACUAGCUGGAGUGCAGGUGCACUUUGUGCUCAGGCAAGUCCAUGAUGCAGCCUAAGACAAGGAUAGAAACCCCACCCACCAUCUUAAUAGUGUGUUCCUUACUGCUCUGUAGGACCAUGAGCUCGUGGUUGUAAGUACAGGUGUGGCCCAGCUCUAUUCUCUGUCCCCUGCCCCGCAGAGCUGCAGCCCUUCCUCUUGGCUGACCUCUUGCCUUAGUUUCUUUUCUCAGAGUUGGGGGAGCCGGCCCACGAGUAGCACCAGAGCACUUGACAGUUUGUGAGUGUUUGUUUGCUCAGAGUAACAGGAGCCUUGAUGCAGUUAACUAACUCUUCAGCCUUGGUAUAUAUGUUGAACCAGCCAUUUCAUGUUACUAAUUUUAAUAGACUCUUCCCAUCACCUAAUGUGCAUUUUUGUGGGAAGUGUCCUGGACUAGGUUGCACAUGACUGUGGUGGUGUCUGAGGUUCGAGCAUCUAACCUCAGUAAACACUGGUCAGGGUUGCCUCAGAGCCUGGCAGCUCUGUGAACUAACAUCCACAGCAAUCUUGUUCUGGAGCCUGUGUCCUCCUGUACUUGGCUGCUAGUAAAAUAAUUGGUCCAGGCGGUACCCCAAGAAGUCAAAUAGUUGCAUGUUGGUGGUGGAAGCUGACAGGUAGCUGAGCUUAGAGGGAACAAGGGAUCUCCCAGAGAGGCAUGAGGGACAUAAUGGAACAGCCAAGCUGAGCUCUAGCAGAGCAGGAGGGAACAUGACAGGCCAGUUCCAAGGUGUGGCUCCUCGGCCUCACACUUGGAAUCUGACAACUACAUGGGCUGGACAACUGGGACUACUCUCAGUAGGCAAUGAGGCCGAAAGCGAGGCCAAAGCCAGUUCUGAAGAACUGGCUAGAAAUCCCUUCCAACUCUGUUAUCUCUGAGUCAGACCUUGGAUUCCAGUUCCUGGCUGACUUCCCAUUCAGCUGCUCACUGAAGUCACCACACUGGAGGAAACUUCCACCCAUGCUCCCAGUCAGCACGGGCUCAAGCAGUCUCCCAGCUCCCCCGCCCCAUCCCUCUAGAUCACCCUCUUAGAACUCCUGAGUCUGCUGUCAUUACUAACCAAAUACCCAUGUUUGUUUAUUUGGGGAGAAGGAGCAGGGGGUGUGGUGAAAGCACUUUGUCACUUAAUGGAAUCUGAGGAUCCCCUGCUGUGGCAGGGAGAGGCUUCCAAUGCACUGAUAGGACUGGGGUGGGGUAGCAUCACUCUGUGUAAGGGAGUCAGCACCAAGUGCUCUGCACUUAAGCCCUUCCUGUUCCUCUGCUGAGGGGUGGAGAGCUUCUGCUGAACUAACAAAAGAAAGCAAGAGUCUAAAUAAAAACGCUGUUUGUGUACACCUUGUGUUUAGAACUGGACUUUCACCUGCUGUAAUUUACGCACAUCCUGACAGUUCAUGGUCAUCUCUAAUAAACUAAGAAAAUAAAUCUUGCCUUUUAUUUACCUGCCUUGCCAA